AACUAUCAAGUGAGAGUGCCAAAGUCCAGUUCUCAGUGUUUUUUAAGCUUUCAGCUUUGUCACACAAAAUUUAAAAAAUUUCUAAGAUGCCCACAAGAAGCCGCAAUGCUAACCCUCGACACUGGAAGAUGAGUCUUACCGCCGGCAAUGUUGGCAUCCUUCUGCUGACAUGGAGCGUUCUCCUACGGUAUGGGAUCCCUUCCGACGAGCAGGAAGGGACCUCGACGAAGUCCAACGAGACCCUGGUUUGCCACCUGAUGAUGUCAACCGAUGUUACCGUUAUUGCCCUGCGAGGACCCAUCGAACGCGAGUUGCAAGAGCUCCAGAGGAAUGCGGCAUGCCCAUCGAAAGUGUACCUGGUGAAUGACAGUGAGACCGCCUGCGAGAUGUACAAGAUGUUGCAAGAAGAAGAUUUCUGUGGCGACACGACCAUGUUGCCGUUUGAGGACCAGUGCGACUACUCCAUGCCGAUUCAGUGCAACAUAUGGUUCGUCUAUGUCAUCCUUUUGAUCCUGGAGACCUACAUCCUGAACGAGUACGAUGAGUGGGAUCCUUUGGCCCUGCUGGCCCUUCUGUCGAUCAUCUACACCAUGGGAAUAAUUGCAGUUUCGGUAAACCGAGUCCCCGAUCUCACUAUCAACUUGUGGGUGAUAAACAAUUAAAAUAAGCAUUUAGUAAAUUUAUAAGGAGAAUAAACGUUUUUGACAGAGAAA